UACACACACACAAACCACACACAGUAUAAGACGGACGUACUCACUGCUUUCAUUCCAGUAUGUCUUCACAAAGGGACUCGUACAACCACCAGGGAUAAAAAUUAGUGAUUUUACCUACAGCAUUGUGGUCGUUUACAGUGAUAUUUAAGCAGUGACUGAAUUCACACCUGUGUUAAUCUGUAAUGGCGAGCUAGGUUUUCACCUGUAUAAAUUUGUAAUGGCGAGCUAGUUGACAUGGCGUGCAGGUAACACAGAGAUAGCCGUGUGGGAAUCUAUACCUUGACAGGCCAAAAGGACGCUGAUCCUCCAUACGGCAGACGAAAUGGCCAUCCUCAAGACUUUUCUGUGUUUCUCAAAUACCCGAGUGGGAACUCUGAUAUGUGGAUGUUAUAGUUUGGUGAUAUCCUUGAUCUGUCUGGUGUUCUAUCUGUUCCGGUACGUGGGGUACCAAUUAAUACAAGACUCUCCUGAAUACAAAGGUAUCGUGUACGCUGGGUUUGUACUAUAUGGUCUUAUGAUAACAGCGUCCCUCGUCCUUAUCCCGGGAGUGCAGCUGGACAAGAGAUACCUGCUGUUACCUUGGGUUUACGUGCUAGUAUUAAAUGUUUUGUACGAAACUGGUGCAAUAGCUUUACUUACCACCGUUCACAUGGAGCGGGAAAAAACUUUACAAGCCUGGGAGAUUGUAUGGGUGUUUUUCUACUGUUUUAAAUUAAUAGCAAAUUGCUACUGUUUUGCAUGUGUUGUAUCUCAGUACCAGGAGUUGGCAGAGGGAAGAGGCACAUACGAGUAUUUAUAUAAACCUAGAUCGAGACGUCACCAUCGGCGCUGUCGAGCGCGGGAAUAUAAUAUAGACACAUAUGAACUACCUUUCGGUGUCCAUCUACCACCAUAUGAGGAGGACGAUUCACAGAAAAAUUUUAGUCCGCCAGCUUAUGAACAGAUAUUCCCAGUCCCACCAAAAGUGGAAAACAGAGCGACAGAAAAUUAUAUACAUACUGGCGUGUCGCCAUAUUCACGGACAAAUGACGUCACAAAUGGAGUCCCUAGUGAUUCGAGUGAUCCCAGCAGGCGAUCUAGACCAAACUGUUAUCAGGUUACUGUGGAUGUUGUGUGGAUCUGAAAAAAAAACUGAUAGCUGUUACAGGUUAACUGUGUAGAUCUGGUAUAUGUUACCAGGUUAAUUGUAGAUCUGGUAAUUGUUACCAGGUUACUGUGUGGAUCUGAUAAUUGUUACCAGGUUACUGUAUGGAAAUGAUACAAUGUAAUUGUUACUAGACUACUCUGUGGAAAGGAUAACUUGGUUACUGCGUGCAUCUGAUAUCUGUUGCUAGGAUACUGUAUGUAUCUGAUAUCUGUUGCUAGGUUACUGUAUGUAUCUCAUACAAUGUAUCUGUUACCAGAUUACUGUGUGGAUCUGGUAAAUGCUGCCAUGUUUCUGCGUGUCUCUGACAACUUUUAACCUGUUACUUGGGAUGGUGUAUGUAUCUCUGUGCAAUGAUGUGUGAUAUUUAUUUCUAAGACACUAAAAACAAGAGGAAAAUGCAGUCGACAGUUUAUAUUCCAGUAUGUUGUGAGUUCCUAUGUGUUUCUGUUGGCAGAUUGUGUAUUAACCAUUCAUGGGGACCAUAGUUCUAUUGUGUGUUCCACAUUUCCUACCUGGACUCUUCAGCGUUCCGUACCACCUUGUUGCUAUCAUCAAUCAGUAUCACAAUAUUACAUCAGGAUGUCUCGCCGUUAUCAAUUCAAGUGACCCAAUCCUAAUUUUUUAAAACAUCAAACAUCAUGCACUCAUCAAAUCGCCUUUAUUACGGAAUCAAAAUUGAAGUGUGAUCACUUUUAUAAAAAGUUAUAACAAUGUAAGGAAGUGAUCAGCCUCUCUUGGUAGAACCCCAGAUCUUCAUAGAUCACGUGACAAGCGAAAAAUAGAUCUUUGUGUUUCUGGUAAUUACUUACCAAUUGUGAGUCUGUCAUAGUAUAGAGACGUCACGUGCUAGAGCAGAGUUUUUUUUUUUUUUUUUUAUGAUCUGUGAAGAUGAUGUCAGAAUCUUUGCUACUGUUAACAGGCAUGAGUGGAUGUAGGUUUUGUAUUCCGGUGAAUAACUACCAUGGCUGCUUUCAUUUACUGGUAGACACAAUCUGACAAUAGAUAAUUCUGCUGUCUACCUGCUACACAAAAACGAUAUAGGGACGAACACACCGCCAUAUACAUGUAAAUGUAUAUACAAUGGGCGAAACAAAUACAAAGCUAACAUUUGUUAUAAAAUUUGAAUUGAUAUGAAGUUUCAUAAUAAUCGAGAUGACCCUUGACCUGACGGAUGGUACCAUGGUACUAAUGUCAGAUUAGUUUUGUUUGUAACACAGGGACCAAAACAAUUAUUGUAAUGGACUAGUUCCACGAGAAAAUAGUCUGAAAUACCAUAGAAUAUUGAAGUGAACUUAUAUAGUUUUAAUGCUCAUGGAACUGUCCAGAAAACCCUGAUGUCAGACCCCGUGUUCAGCUACACGGAUUGGAUGUAAAUGCCAAAACAUAGAAUAAGUGUGAACUACAAAGUCGAUAUAAAUUAAUGUUUACAUUGAUAAUGGACGAUAAUUGAAAUGUGUGAAGAUGUAGAAAAUAUGUAAAACAAAAAACAUGUUAAGAUGUGACAGUCUGUGGUGAAAUAAGUGUGAAUGUGACUAGUGAGAUGGACACGCGGACAUGUGAGUGAUACUUAGGUUGCAGAUGUGAAUUUCUCAAACAUGCCAUUUUGAAAUUUACCUUUUACUUUUGAAGUUAUGUGAUAUGUCAUUUAUUAAAUUUGUUUUUUUAUGAA